CUGCAGCUUGGAGGAGGGGGGGGGGAUGAUGAAGAAGAAAUUGUAAUAAAUAUUUUGCACCAAUUUGCCAAAUAUGUCUACCAUUUGGUUUUCUGCCCAAGUUGUUUGCAUAUUGAAUUGGAACAAAUGUUAAUCAUAGAAUAAAAAUCUGCCUCCGAGUGGACCAGAGAGGAACAAGUGGUAUUGAGAGCAGAAUAUGAUGCGGCCGAGCUCGUGUGUAUGAAACGUGUGCUGUAGCGACUUCUUUAUCAGAGUCCUUUGUUAAGUUGAACUGACAUGGUGACCGUAACCAACAAACAAAUCCUUAGCAGCUGAGAGAACUGAAAUCGACCGGUUAAAUAACGUCCUACUUUCGGAGAUGGAGCGCUCCAGAGGGUUCAGCUGUCGUGAUUGUAACAUGCUGUUUCGCUCCUUUGGCCUUUUGGACAAACACAAGUCCAGGUUCUGUAUAGGAAGCGCAAUAGGAGAUCCGACAGUGUUGAGGAGAGGACGAGUGGAAAUCGGUGAGCCUGAAAAGGUGGAUUUGAGGGCAUUACAGCCCAGAAUGACAAAGACUCCUGAUCUGAUUCAUCUGAGAGAGCAGAGAGAUAAACUGCUAAGGCAGACUGACAGAUGCGAGACCCACAGAGAACCCAGCGUGGCUGACAGUCUGGCCUUUAACAAGCUCACUCAUGAGUUUCAUAAGCUGAGGAGGUCAGUGGAAGAGUCUCUUCCCCGAAGACACACAGAGGGAUUGUAUCCAGGCUGGGCUGAUGGAGAGAGGCUACAGGACAUAUGUAGACACCAUGAACAGAAGCUGGCUGAAAUCCAGGCACAUACCACUGAGCUGGAGCAACAGAGAAGGGAGAUUGAACGGCAGAUGGCCCUGGUUGGGCAUGAUGGAACGGCUCAUCUGAGAGAGAUGCUGCAUGAGCUGAAAGAACAGGAAGAGAGAAACGAGGAGGUUCUGUACCGUCUCAGCACUCAGAUCAAUGCACUACAGGGGGUGAAAGAUAUUAAUGUUACACCAGACCACCCAGAGGACAAGAGGACACAACACAUAACAUUUGACCUCAUCUCUUCUGUGGAUGGCCCGCUCUCCAGCCAGAUAAGAUCUUUACAUCUAGCGUACAUACAAUCUGGCGGUUCUGAUCCAGAGGUUCUCUCUCACCUGCAUGACCUUCAGGCUGAGGCCCACACCUUGGAGCAGAGCCGACCUGCGGCUGAGCACCGGACCAGGAAGAAAAGACGAAUGAAGUCCUCUCAUCCAGCUCUGGACUCGACUGUUAUGGCAGUGGAGCAAGAGAACCAGCUGCUGGAGGAGCAGAUCCUCAAACUCCAGAUAGACAGAGAGAGACACAGAGGAAGAGCUGCUGGUUCAGAGCUCAGUCUGAUCCAGAGGCACCACAUCCAUCAGCUGUCCAGCCUGCAGACGGAGAUCUCCAACCUGAAGAGAGUGGAGAAAAGCAGAGAGAGAAAGACUCAUCCUCCUGCUCCAAAGUACAGUCCACAACAGCCCUCGCUAAUGGACAGACAUGGUUUUGACUCUCUUGGACCUGCUCCUUAUGAUCCUGUGUCUGGAUUUGUGAUCUUCUACGACAUGGUCCUUGGUGUGGAUGCCAUGUUUGGGACAAUUCAUCUGGUAGCCAGGCUGUUCUCUGGGGGGCAAGAAAUUGGGCAGCCCACCCCCGUGCCACCUGUCCACUGCCAGCCUGCUGGGGCUUUAGGCUAUCCACCGAGAAGGCAUGCUGGAAACUAUGCCUUACUAGCUGUUCAGCAGCCUGUGCAAAGGGUGCAGCCAUCUCCGUCACUGUAUUUGGUGGUGGAUGUUCAGGUUGUUGGCGGUUUUGGAUUGUGUGAUCAGGAGAUGAGAGGCUGGUCCAAACUCCAGCUCUUUGACGAUCACAAUCAGGUUCAGAGUGGAUUCUGGAAACUUCCUUUCCGCUCUCUGCCUGUGAGGCCGUGCCUCAAUCUGGGCCAACUCAACUCUGUACCUCAGCUGGGUAACAUGGAGAUUUGCCUUCGCAUAGUUAAUGCUCGUGAUGGAGAUGUACAGUCACUUGCUACGAUCGAUCCUAACAAUAGCAGGCUAUACAAAUACCCAUCAGUGGUAUUUAACCCAUCAAUGGUCGUCUCACACUCAGACACUGAACAGGAAGGACAAACACCCCAGCCGAAAACAAAACAACUUUCAUCCAAUCCUUUUCUUUCAUCAUUGCCCCAAACUGAUCAUGUGGACCCUCCUCCAAAAGACAGGGGUCAGAGGUGAGAAUAAAGAUCUCAUGAAACCACAAACCAAUCGGAUCUGGGCUGCUGUGAAUAUGCUGACCAAUUCAUUUCCAUGAUUUGUUCUGGGUCUCACCCAUCAAUGCUGAUUUGUAAAAUAUAAUUCCAUUGACAUAUUUACACCACAAUGCUGUUGAAUGCUUGAUUCCGAUUCGUCAGAUGCUGUUGAUUAGUUUUCUGUAACAGCAGCUCGGCAAUUCACAUGGUUUAUAUUCAUGUGCUCGUUCUAAGAUGUUCCUAGACGCCAUCUACAGGCCCUUGACACUUUUUUGUAAGGACAUGUUUAUUUAACAUUUUUUGGAAUGAGUCUCCAGUGCCAGUGCUUUACGAUCAUUAAAGUUUCCACAAUGAGAAAGUCCACCCAAAAGAAGACUUUCUGGUUUCUCAGUAAAAUGGCAAGCUAUAUUUUCUGUCUUAACUUCAAGACAGUAAAACAAGAGGGGCUGAUGAGGGUACAAACAUUUUAUAGCUGUUAUAACACAGACAUAGCUAUUAUGACAGAGCCAUACAACAUUAAUUGUGCGAUCUUCUUUAUUAAAUCAUUAAAAAAUGUUAAUG